AUGGAGUCCGUCAUUCGCCCGGCAUUGACAGCGUCUGGUCGUCGCACAGCCGCCGCCCGCUUCCGCCCGGCAUGUCGCUGUCUGCACAGCAGCCCAUCGAGGACGGCCACGCCACUGCCUCAUCCCAUCGCUGCCGGUCCGCCACCUCAACCCCCGACAGCGCCUGCCACCGAGACCGAGGAGCGCGUCGCCCGUAAGAGACAGCAGGCUGCUCUUCUGGCAAGACAGGCCCAGAUCAAGGUCGACCCUGCAAAGCCCGCCUCGGCCCUGCGCAAGCGUUUCUGGAAAGAGACGUCGGUCAAAGAGACUGCUGAUGGACUCCAAAUCCUGCUGGACAAACGACCGGUCAGAAACGCUUCAAAAGAGGUUCUCACUCUGCCACCCACCAAACGCGUCCUCGCCACGGGCAUUGCUCUCGAAUGGGAUCUUCUCACAUCAGCACAACAGGCAUUGAAGCACCACUACAUUCCUCUCACGUCGCUGAGCUCGCGCGCUAUCGACAUCCACAAUGCGGACGUUGCAGGCGACAAGAGGAUCAGAGACAACAUUGUCACCAUGCUCAUGCGAUAUCUCAUCACCGACACACUACUUUGCUGGGACCCCGAAAAGAGCAUUCACGAUCCAGCGUCCAUGUUUGACCCCAAGGACGACGGGCAACCCAAGCAGAGUCUUCGCCAGAAGCAGAUUGAGACGGCCGAGCCGAUUCUCGCAUACCUCACCACACACAUUUUCCCGGGUCUCGAGAUUGUUCCCGUUCUGGGCGAGGAUAGCAUCAUGCCCGUCAAGCAGCCUCAGGUGACGCAAGAGGUGAUUCGCGGAUGGAUCUCUGGUCUGCCUGCAUUCGAGCUGGCGGGACUCGAAAGAGGAGUGUUGGCUACCAAGAGCUUGCUUGUGGCAACUCGUCUGUUGGUCGAGUGGAGUCAGGAGUUCAGACACGUGCAGAAGAACAACGACACCAGCAGAUUCGGCAUCGCCGAAGCACGCAAGGCUUCGAGCGUCGAAGUGACAUGGCAGACAGACAUGUGGGGUGAGGUCGACGACACGCACGACGUCGACAAGGAGGACGUAGCAAGACAGCUUGGCAGUGUGAUUCUGCUCGUGUCGUAG